AUGGAUUUAGAUUUCGACAAGUACUGUCUUGUAGAUAGACAAAGCCCAACAACUGUAGUAUCAAAAACUACGAUUAAAGGGACUUCAGUUGAAAGGAAGAAAAUCGAGCUCUCACAAGCAAAUGCACCUAGCUUCUCUUUUGAAAUUAUUGAUUCCUUAUGCACUUCUGAUGAAGAUGGGCCAAUAAUAACUUCACUCUCGGGAAAAGAGACUUCAGUUUGUAGCCAUAAUAUAGAUUCGGGCUUGUGGGCUUCCAUGGUUCCAACCGAAUCAGUUAGUGGGCCCGUAAACUCUUCAAACGGGCACAAGUCACGUUUUAAACCCGUCAAAAAGAUUUUCGACCCAUUUGUUAAAUCCAAGCUGCGAAGAAGCUCGUCGAGUAAUUCAAACGAAAGAACAAAUAAUGAGAAAGAGAAUAUGCAGUCUUCUUCUUCUUCUAUAGCCCACUUGCAUGGCCUUCUCAAGCUCGGGAAAAGGCGUGGGGUCCCGUUUUUUGAGUUUUCGGUUAAGUCAAUGCCCGAAGAUUUUUACUUGGCCAAGAUUAAACGAGCGGAAAACGGUUUAUUCGAUUGGUUUUACACGUUCCAUUCCCUUCACAAGGGAGGAAAGACGAGUCGUAAACUUACCAUUAAAGAUGGAAAUCGAGCAUUAUCGUCUAAUAUGUUGGGUCAUAUGCACGUCUCGUGCAAUCCGUGCGAAAAUUCCGAGUUUGUGUUAUACGAGAGCAAGAAUAAUAAUAAUAAUUCAUCUCGGUUCAAAUCGCCCGAGCUAGAAAUCUUGGCCGUCGUCGUGAAGGUCCCUUUGGCCAAAAAAACAGAGGAGGGCAUUCUCGUAAUUUCGCAUCCUCCGGCCGAGACUCAUGUCGUGGUGCCAGCUGGGGCCCACGGCUCGCCAGCUGGCGGCGGCCGGCCUUCUCGAUUGAUCGAUCGGUGGAGGCGAGGUGGCGAGUGCGACUGUGGCGGGUGGGACAUGUCGUGUCCUAUCGACAUUUUUAGCUGUCCGAACAUUAAUGUCGAGAAUGCUGACGUGGCGGACGGUCGAAAUAUUAUUCCGACGAAACUAUUCUUUGAGGGUAAAAAGGACAAUUUACCGGCGUUCGACAUGAAGGUAAUAACAGGGGAAGAAGGGAAGUUGUACCAAGUCGAUUUUCACGCGCGGUUAUCUUCGUUGCAAGCUUUCGCGAUUUGUGUGGCCAUAUUACAUGCGGAAGCCGAGGCCUCGGGAAGAAAGAUGGGCGGCGGACAGGUGUCGCGAUCCGAUUCGCUGAGGAUAGUAUAUGAUAAAGAGGACACAGAAGAAGAAGAAGAUUGUGAAGAUAAAUUAAUUGAACAAUUUGAGUUGCCAUCUUUUGUGCUCAAUCCACCAUUUUCACCGAUUGCUCGAGUUUAG